AGAACAAUGCGAGGAGCUUCGUGCACAGUGGGUGAAGAAGCAUCACAAGGAAUUGUGUGAAGACUGGCUGGCCCAGCUAGCUCUGAAGGAGGAACUGAAAAAGCAACAGAAGAAGGAGGAGCAGAUGUUUGCAGAGCUUUGGAAAGAGGAUACGUUGGCUAAGGAAAAGCAAGAGGCGGUGGAGACGCAGAAAUCAGCAGAACAGAAUCGGGAAAUCCUGAAUGCGCUCAGUGCCCAGGUAGCGGUGCUCAGUGCUCACAAAGAGGAGGCCAAGCGGCUGAAGGAAGAAGAGGCUCGGUUGCUGGAAGAACAGCAGCAACUGCUUAAGCUAGAAAAUGAACAACUUCAGGUGGAGAAACGACAGAAACAGAAGGAACGCAGGGAUAUGUUGCUCAGUGCGGCACGGGACAAGAAGAAUCGUCUCAAUGAAGAAAAACAAGGUGAACUUGCCCUAGAGAUGAAGAUCUUGGAACAAUCUCUUCAGAAACCCCAGGAGGACAGUGAGAAGAAAACAAAGAGCAAACAAGAGCUGUUCAAGGAGCAGCAGACUUACCUGGCACACCUGGCUCAACAGCUGGAGGAGGAGAAACGGCGAGAAAAAGAAGCGGACAAGCUCCUCGAUGAAGAGAUGGCAAAGGUUUGGGCCAAGAAGGCUGAGCAAAUGCGAUUAGAAAAGGAGGCGAGAAAGCAGCUACUGAAAGGGGUCCUGAAUACAAGACAACUGCAGAUUGAGGAGAAGCUGCAGAGAAAUGCACAGGAGCAGAAAGAACUCGCUCAAGAGAGGAAGUUAUUAGCUGAAGCAAUCACAGAACUCAAGCAUAUAGAAGAAGAAAAAUAUGCAAGAAAAGUAAAGGAAGCAAAGGAAUACCAAGAGCACCUCAGGGCUCAAAUUGCCUGUCGACAACAGGCCCGUGAUGCUGAGGAAGAAGAGAAGCAGCAAGAAUAUGAAUCGGGUCUAGCAGCAGAAAGAGCGUACCAAGAAAGGCUACAGGACAUUCUAUCAAGGCCCUGUGAGAAACGAGAAAAAACCCACCCUUUGAGAAGAAAACUAACGUCUAAGUCUCAAGGAGAUCACUUACUAUGA